UGCGCCGGGACCGAGCGGAGCCGAAAAGAGCCGGAAAGAGCCGAAGCGGAGCCGAACGCCGGCGAACCGGGAGGCGGAAAGAGCCGAAGGCCGGGGAGCGAAAAAAGCCGAAGCGGAGCCGAAGCGGACCCGCCUGAGGGUCCGGCCAUGCCUUGAAGCGGCUCCUCCGACCCGUCCCGGGCUCUUCCUCCUCCUCUUCCUCCUCCUCAUCCUCCUCCUGCGGCAGGGGGAGGGGCCCAUGGGCCGGGCAGGGGGCCGAGGGGGACCGGAGACGCUGAACUGGGCCCAAACUGGGCCCAACUGGGCUCAACUGGGCCGAACUAGGCCGGAGAAAUCAGAACCGGGCCGGAAAGAAGCGAAGUUGUCCGGAAAGAGCCGAAGAGGGAGCGGGAUAAGCGAAGUGCGGACGGAGCUGUACGGAAAGAACCGAACCGGGCCGGAAAGAAGCGAAGUGGGACGGAAAGAACCGAACUGGGCCGGAAGUAAGCGAAGCGGGCCGGAAGUAGACGAAGGAAGAGCGGGGAGGGUCGGAAAGAGCCGAACCGGGGACGAAGUGGGCCGGAAAGAGCCGAAGGUGUCCGGAAAUUGCCGAAGUGCCGCCAUGUUGCUGCCGCUGCUCCUCGGGCUCCUCGAGGUUUCGGGGGCCCUGGGGGGGUGCGUGGAGGUGGCCUCGGGCACCGAGGCCGUGCUGGGGGCGCCGUUCCGGCUGCUCUGCAUCGCCUGCAAGCGCCGCAGCGAGACCCCGGCCGAGGCCGAGAGCGAGUGGUUCUUCCGUCCUGAGGGGGCCCCCCAGUUCGAGAAGAUCCUGCACUACAGCCCCGAGGAGGGCGAGUGGGUGGCUCCUGGGCCGUUUUUCGGGGUGAUCUCCUGGAACGGCUCGCGGGGCACGCGGGACCUGCAGGACCUGUCGGUGUGGCUGAUGGAGGUGAAGCGCAGCCACGCCGGGCAGUACGUGUGCCGGCUGAAACGCAACCUGACCUUCGAGGGCUACACCUACAGCCUGGCCAGGAACCAGACCCUGCGGCUGGCCGUGGUGGAGAAAGCGCGGCGGGACCUGGCGUCCAUCGUGUCUGAGAUCCUGAUGUACGUGCUGAUCGUGGUGCUGACGCUCUGGCUCGCCGCCGAGAUGCUCUACUGCUACCGCAAGGUGGCGGCCGCAUCCCCGCCCCCCGACAGCGCGUCGGAAUAUUUGGCCAUCACCUCCGAGAGCAAAGAAAACUGCGGGGGCGUCCAGGUGGCCGAGUGACCCCGAGUGACCCCGAGUGACCCCUGAGUGACCCCUGAGUGACCCCUGAGUGACCCCGAGUGACCCCGAGUGACCCCUGACCCCCCAGGCCCCCCCUGCAAUAACCCCCCCGGGGGGGCCCCACCCUGACCCCGCAUGGCCCCGAUCCCCCAUCCCCCAAGACCCCAAAAUUGGGGAAAAAUCCCCAAAAUUUGGGGAAAAAAAAUCCCAAAAUCUGGGGGAAAAAUCCCAAAAUUUGGGCAAAAAAAUUCCUAAAAUGUGGGGAAAAAAAUCUCAAAAUUUGGGCAAAAAAAUUCCCAAAAUUUGGGGAAAAAAUCUCAAAAAUUUGGGCAAAAAAAAUCCCAAAAUCUGAGGGGAAAAAUCCCAAAAAUUGGGGGGAAAAAUCCCAAAAUUUGGGCAAAAAAGUCCCAAAAUUUGGGGGAAACCACCAAAAAUUUGAGGGAAAAAAUCUCAAAAAUUUGGGCAAAAAAAAAUCCCAAAAUCUGGGGGAAAAUCCCAAAAAUUUGGGGAAAAAAAUUCCCAAAAUUUGGGGGAAAAAUCCCAAAAUUUGGGGAAAAAAAUCUCAAAAAUUUGGGCAAAAAAAUCCCAAAAUCUGAGGGGAAAAAUCCCAAAAAUUUGGGGAAAAAAAUUCCCAAAAUCUGGGAAAAAAAUUCCCAAAAUCUGAGGGGAAAAAUCCCAAAAUUUGGGGAAAAAAAAUCGCAAAAAUUUGGGCAAAAAAAAUCCCAAAAUCUGAGGGGAAAAAUCCCAAAAAUUGGGGGGAAAAAUUCCAAAAUUUGGGCAAAAAAAAUUCCCACAAUCUGGGGGAAAAGUCCAAAAAUUUGGGGGAAAAGAUUUCCAAAAUCUGGGAAAAAAAUUCCCAAAAUCUGAGGGGAAAAAUCCAAAAUUUGGGGAAAAAAUCGCAAAAAUUUGGGCAAAAAAAAAAUCCCAAAAUCUGAGGGGAAAAAUCCCAAAAAUUGGGGGGAAAAAUUCCAAAAUUUGGGCAAAAAAAAUUCCCAAAAUCUGAGGGGAAAAAUCCCAAAAUUUGGGGAAAAAAUCUCAAAAAUUUGGGCAAAAAAUUCCCAAAAUCUGGGGGAAAAUCCCAAAAAUUUGGGCAAAAAAAUUCCCAAAAUCUGAGGGGAAAAAUCCCAAAAU